AUGGAACAAGAUGGGCAUCUCCCUCAAAAUCCCCCCCAAGAGGGUCAUGAUAAGAGGUCAGAUAAGCCUCAGAUAGUCUCACUUUCCGCUUCGUCUAUUAUAGCAGAUGAAUCAACGCCAGAACCCACUGAUGUCGCCGAAGUCGCUAAGAAAGAGUCCGAAGAUGCCAACGAGCAGUCUGCCUCGCUCAAGAACUAUUUUCGUGUUCUCUCAUACACUACGAAUGCAGAUCGGAUGGUCCUCGUGGUCGCUCUCAUUAGCGCCAUCGGCUCUGGUGUGCCAUUGCCGAUCAUGAAUAUCGUUUUGGGUGGAUUGGUAGGCCACUUUAGUGAUUAUUUCACGCCCGGAUCUUCAACCACCGAAGCCCAAUUCAAAGCGUCCUACUGCUUUCGCGUCAUUAGUCUUCGAGUCUCAGCUGCUUUGAGAUUGGAGUACAUGAACGCGCUUUUCUCUCAGCCCAUCAGCAAACUGGACCAAGUGUCAGUUGGUACAGUCAUCAACGCCAUUACUGUUCUCUCCAACUCGAUCCAACAGAGUAUCUCGGACAAGUUAGCAAUUCUAUUUCAGUCAAUGGCGCUUUUGAUUGCAGCAUAUAUUAUUGCCUUUACGUACUCAUGGGCUCUCACUCUUGCCACCAGCUCUUGUCUUUUAUUCAUCAUCAUCGCCUGCAGUCUGACACUGCCCUUUAUCUCCAAGACCCAAAAACUAGUAGAUAAGGCAGACGAGAAGCAUUCGGCAGUUGCGGCAGAAGUCUUUAGCUCCAUUCGAACCGUCAUCUCGCUCGGCGCUGAGACCACUCUUGCUCGAAAAUACCAAAAAUGGGUCGUGGAAUCGCGCAACAGAGGACGAAGCAUGGCCAUCGCCCUGGGAAUCCAAUUUGGCCUCAUCUUCUUUGCUAUCUAUACAAGCUACUCAUUAGCAUUCUGGCUUGGACUUAAACUGUUUAGAGAGGGUCAUAUUGCAGAUAUCAAUACGGUCAUCAUUGUAUUCUUUUCUGUCAUGGUUGCAGUGACUGUCUUAGGAAACAUCGCAACUCCUCUGGUGAUGAUAUUCCAAGCAGCCAGCGCGUCCCUCGCGUUUUUCGAAAUCAUAGAUUCGGAAAGAAUUCCCCCUGGAGGUGUCAGUGACCCCGAUGCUUUAGCCCAGGGGGAUAUCACUUUCCAGGAUAUCCAGUUUACAUACCCUGCCCGACCGGACAGCAAGAUUCUUCGCGGAAUGAACAUUCGGAUUGCGAAAGGUGCUACCACAGCGUUGGUGGGACCGUCGGGCUCUGGCAAGAGUACUAUAAUCGCUCUUCUAGAAAGAUGGUACGCCCCCCAAGAGGGAAAAAUCUGUUUGGGCGAACGUAAUAUCGAGGAAUUGGAUUUGAAAUGGUGGAGAUCUCAAAUCGGUCUUGUGCAGCAAGAACCAUUUCUAUUCAAUGAUACCAUUUUCAAGAAUAUCUCCUAUGGUCUUGUUGGUACACAGUGGGAAAACGAGCCUGAUUCAGUCAAGGCCAGACUGGUGGAAAACGCGUGCAAAGAAGCAUUCGCAGACGAGUUCAUUGAUCGACUUCCUAAUGGAUACGAGACUAUCGUCGGAGAAAAUGGCACCAAGCUCAGUGGUGGCCAAAAGCAGCGUCUAGUCAUUGCUCGAAGCAUCGUGAAAGAACCGGCUAUUCUAAUCCUGGACGAGGCUACAAGCGCUAUUGAUGUUCGUGGAGAGAAGAUCGUCCAAGCGGCCCUCGAUCGCGUGUCCGAGAACCGCACCACAAUCGUUAUUGCCCACCGAUUGUCCACAAUUCGACGUGCCGACCGUAUUUUUGUUCUCCGGGAAGGCGUAAGUGUCGAAGACGGAACGCAUGAAGAACUUGUUGCAAUGGAAAAUGGUCUUUAUCGCGGCCUGGUGAACGCUCAGAGACUUGAUAUUGAUACCGAAGAGGAUGACGAGCCGAUGGAAAUUAAAGAAGCCUUGGAAAAAGAAUUAGAUCAAUUUACAGCUGCUGUACCGAAAGGCCCAGAAAGCGAAGAGGUUAAGAAAUACAAGAAACGUGGUUUCUUUGCAAGUACUGGGUUGUUCAUCUACGAAGCGCGAGGACAUUGGGUACUUUGCCUUCUUGCGCUGUUGGGGAUGUUGGGUGCCGGAGCUGCUUUUCCUUUGCAAAGUUGGCUAUUUGCAAAUAUCAUUAACGUAUUCACUCUCACUGGAGACGAAUUGACCCACCAAGCCAACUUCUGGGCCUUGAUGUUCUUUGUUCUAGCCCUGGGUAUCGCCGCCUGUUAUUCCGCCGUUGGAUACUCAGCGAAUAGACUGUCCAUUGAAAUUACUGCCUCGUGUCGGACAGAAUACUUUUCAAACAUUCUGAAGAAGCCCGUUCCAUUCUAUGACCUGAAAGAAAACGCCUCUGGCUCCCUGGUAUCUAACCUGGCCACAGAUCCAAGAAAAAUCCAGGAAUUGAUUGGGCUAAAUGGUGCUUUCCCUGUCAUUUCAAUAUUCAGCAUGAUAGGUUGUGUCGCCAUCGCAUUUUCAUUUGGGUGGAAGUUAAGUCUUGUAGCUGUGUUUGCUGCUCUCCCCUGUGUAUUCCUUGCUGCCUUCAUGCGCAUUCGAUACGAAAUGCAAUUCGACGCUCUUAACACAGCCGUCUAUGCAGGCAGUUCUCAAUUCGCAGCAGAGGCCAUCGAAGCCUUCAGAACCGUUUCAUCAUUAACCAUGGAGAACACUAUUCUGGACCAUUAUUCAGGCCUGUUGAAGCUGCAGCAGAAGAAAGCUUUCCGCAAAGCUAUGCCAGCAACCUUGGUUUUUGCUUUCUCCGAUAGUGUAGAGCUUUGCGCCAUGGCACUAACAUUCUGGUAUGGAGGCCAACUUCUCGCCGCGAGGGAGUAUGAGCCUACUUCUUUUUUCGUUGUAUACAUGGCGAUCAUCAUCGGUGGCCAACAAGCGGGACAGUUCUUUAGUUUCGGACCCAACAUUGCCCAGGCUACGGCAUCUGCGAAUCGUAUAUUGAAUUUCAGACCGAGUGGUGACGAGAUUCUGAUGAGUUCUGGAAAGAGCAUGGUUAAUGGGUCCAGCCAGCCUGGUGCACGACUCCUCUUUCAAGAUAUUGCGUUUAAAUAUGCCUCGCAGGACGCUCCUCUUUUCACGGGACUCAACCUUGCGAUCGAAAGCGGCCAGUUUGUUGCGUUCGUUGGCCCUUCCGGCUGUGGUAAGACCACAGUGAUAUCGUUACUAGAGCGGUUUUAUAAACCCUUCCAAGGAAAUAUCCACCUGAAUGGGGAUGAUAUCAGCGCCAUUGACACAACAUCUUAUCGAAGAACAUUAUCUUUAGUGGCUCAGGAACCACGUCUAUUCGAGGGCACUAUCCGCGACAACAUCACGGUUGGACUUGAUAGCACAGAGUAUACCGAGGACGAAUUAAUCAAGGCAUGCUCUGACGCUGAGAUUCACAACUUCAUAAUCUCCCUGCCAGAAGGAUACUCUACAGAAUUGGGUAUCAAAGCUCAAGCCGCUCUUAGUGGAGGACAGCGACAAAGACUAUGUAUCGCACGUGCACUCUUGAGAAAACCAUCACUCCUCCUUCUGGACGAGGCGACAUCUAGUCUGGACUCGCAGUCCGAAAAGUUGGUCCAAGCUGCUCUUGAACGAUUAGCUGAGAAGAGAAGCAUGACCAUUGUCGCGGUCGCACAUAGAUUAGCAACUAUCCAGAAGGCAGAUGUCAUCUUUGUCUUUGGGGAGAAUGAGAAUGGACAAGGAUCGCGAAUCGUCGAACAGGGCAGCCAUCUGGAACUGCUUCGAAAUAAAGGAACAUAUUGGCAAAUGUGCCAAGCAAACGGAAUGGACAGAUAA